GUCCUUCACCAGCUGUCGACGCGCUGACGUCUUCAUCAGCGCCAGGUGCGCUUAUAGGUGCGCGUGCGCGCAGAGUGCGGGCGCAGACGCGAUGCCGACAAGACGAGCGAAGAACGAGGGCAGCGCUUCGGCGAAGGCGCAGCUGAACCGCGACAGGCGCCGCAACUGGCUGGCGCUGCUCGUGCAGCAGUUUGAGAAAGAAGCCCAGGAGCGCAUGAUUGAGCUGGAGGACAAGCUGGAGAACAUGCUGUCCACGGUGGACAAGGUGUUCGACGUGGAGCUGAUGAAGCUGCCUCCGUCGCUGCAGAACACGCUCAUUGGAGACUUGAUCAGCGAGGAGGAAGUCUCCGCCAGUGACGUGUCCAUUGCCAUGAAGAACGAGUCCAUCAGAAUGCAGCAGCCGCUCCGGAGGGCGACCGGUCGACGAGCACAUUCGAGUGAUUCUCCACCCGUACAGUCCUCCGCAGUCCAAAGGUCCUCAUCCAAGACCUCCAAGGGGAACAGGAAGGCGAGGGCGCUGGCAGGAAGCAGCAGCGCUGGAAACCUCAGAGGCUCCACGGCCAAAGUGAGUCAGAGCCGCGUGUCCAAGGCCAGCGACCUGGCGGCGCCGGUCAAACCCAAGCUCAGGUCUGUUGUGUCCGCGGGUGAUCUUCACUGUUCAGUGGCUGCUGCCUCUGCUGCACACAUCACUGUGACCACGGGGCUGGGACAGACCGUCAGCUUCUCUGAGGAGAACAAGGACGACAUCAACUGGGACCUGCUGGACGAUGUGGCUUUGUGCCACAUUAAGAAGCUCAGGAACCUGAUGGACCAUCUGUCCAGACAGAGCCGCAGCCAGCGAUGAGGCCCGAGUCACUGAACGCUGGCAUUUUCUCUGCAUGUGUUUUUCAAUGUAAUAUAGAAUUCCAAUAUUAAUAAUUAUGUCUGUUUUUAAAAAAUAAAGCUCGUUUGGUUAA